UGGCCAGUCAGCUGUGCAGCUGUGCUCAGGCUCAUGUCGCUGCGUCUAGCAACCAGGUCUGAGUGACGCCACCCCCUACCCCCCACCCGCCCCCCUUCCAAAAACAACACCAGCAAAACAAAUGCGACCAUGUACAGCGUGGAGGACCUGCUUAUCUCGCAUGGAUACAAAUUGCCCCAAAACACCGCUACCGCCCCCACUGCAGUCUCCCCCACACCCCCGUCCUCCUACGAUAACAAGCGUUACGGCGACCCUUCCUCCUGCCGCCAGGAGAUCUUAGAGAGCCGGUCCGGUGGUGGUCACGGAACGGUGAACGGGUAUGAGAUAGACUCUGCGCCGGGGGUGUAUGUGUACGGCAACAACAACAACAGGCAGCCCCAGCCACCAGCCCCAACCAAAGGCAACUCCUCCAGUCACACCGACAAUGCAUGGAGGGACAGGAACAGCCAACCACAGAGGAGGGAAGCCGACAGCGGUAACCAAGGUGACACCCACUCCUUGGGCGAUUCUCUCACGAAAGAUAGCGGGUUCUAUGAGGGGCCCAGAGGGGUGUAUUCCCAGCCCAGGGGCCACAGAGACGUGUCCUACUGGAGGAGGAGAGGCCAGGACUUCAGUGUUCUCCUGGAUUACGCUGACUUCAGAGAGCCUCGAGGAGGGGGAGGCUAUAGGAGGACAGAGGGGGUGCAGCAGCAGCCGCAGAGACAGGAGGUGCCCCCAGAGGAUCAGCACCAGCAGGGUGAGAGGCAGCGUUGGGCAGUCCAGUCCCAGGCCCAGUCCCGCUCCAAGCAGAGAGAGGCAGCGUUGCAGCAGUGGACGAUGGCUGCCGUGGAGAGGAAGUGUCAGAGCCUGGGCACGGACGAGUGGCGUCCCGCCGUGGUCAGCUUCGCCCGCCAGCUAUCAGACAGUCAGGGCGCUAGAUGGGCUCAGGCUCAGGAGCAGCAGCAGCUGCAGCAGCGCCACCUCCGGACACCGGAUGGCGCUGUGGUUGUAAUGGGGCCCAGGAACAAAGGGAAGUCCCAGUCUCUGCCCCGAAUGCUGCCGCCGGACAGCCUGCCAUACGUGGCCAUGUCUGGGUCUGUUGGGUCUGGGCAGGACGUGUACAGGAAGGUCAACGGCCACCCAGGGUCCCAUCACGACCCUUACAGCAGAUAUAACCACAACCAGGCCGGGACAGGGGACAGGGACAGGUGGUCUGAGAACGACAACAGACCCUCCAGUCAGGCUAGUAUGGCCAGCCAGCUAAGCCAGGUCAGUCAAGUUAGCCAGGCCUCUCUGGUACCAAAGGCCCGGUUCAGCCGUCCCCUACGGCCUCCGUCCUACGAGGUGCACCAGCAGACCCGGGGGAGUUCUGAGACGCUGUCAGGAGACCCAGCAGCAGCAUCAACCCCACAGCCCCAGGCCAGGGACAGAACCCCCCUCCCCCACCCCAGGAUGGGUGACCCCAGGCUGGACUAUUAUACACAGGAUGGAGGGUCUGGCACGGAUCCUCCGGGUUAUAUCCCUCCCCCAUCAUAUCCCCCCAAAAGAGCUCCGCUUAUGAGAGGGGGCCAUGGAGGUCACAGGGGCUAUGGAGAGGUACCAGGGAACUACAGGUACCACCAGGUGUACCAGCAGCAACAGAUGCGUGGGACCCCGGACCCCUGGUUCGGUAGCAGACACACCGGUGGAGGAGGGUCCUGGCCGGAGCCUCAGAGAGAGCCCCUCAGAGAGAGGAGCGUGCCCCACCGGAAGCAGCUCUACCCUGGCUACAGCGAGCAGCAGCACCAGCCGGGCUUGGGUCCUGGCAUCCAGUAUAUCCCCUUCAACGACCCACGUGUCCGACAAAUUUCUGGGGGAGGAAGCUCGUCUCUAGGCGGCGGAGGUAACUCCAUGACGGACACCGACAAGAUCCGCCACAUCCGUAACUCCACAUCCUCCGAGCUUCCCAGUGUCACCGUGUCAGACCACUCGUCUGAUGACACUGCCUUACUGUCCCCCGCCUCCACGGGGGCCCUGCCGCCACUCUCCAGCACGUCAGAUCCAGCCAGUCCGACAAAGCCGAGGUCUUCUAGCGACUAUGACAAUAAGAAUAACCGGUGGAAGCAUCAGCACAGCGAUUUGCACAAAGAGACUGACUCACUAGAUAACCUCCCAGCAGCAACUGACCAAAACUGUAACAGGUAUAAUCCCAAAAACAACCCAGGUUGUUUCUCUGCCUUCCAGCCCCCAGCCCCGGCUCCGGCUCCGGCUCCGGCCUCGUCGGUGCGUCACAGCUCCAGCUCAGACCAGGGCUUCUCGGAAACAACCAUCACACAGGUGAAGAAGAUAGUUCCAGGAGACGCAGGGCUAGACAACAACAACAGAAACUCUAAGAGGAAGUCUCACAGUGAGACCAUAUUCUGCCUGGUGUCUGUCCCCAUCCACAUGCAGCAACAACAAACCAAUAAAGACUCAGUCUCCGCAGCAGACCAGAACAAUAACGAGAAGAUGCCUGCCAAUCUGCCAAGUAGUCUGCCAAUCGUCAGCGUCUUCGCCACAGAAGACAACCAAAACACUGUGGUCCAAUCAGACAACAGCCAAAGCCUCCGUAGCAAGUCGUUAUCAGACAUGGGUCUCAAACCCCCCUCCCACACCAGCAGCUUCAGCUCUAUGAGAAGCACCAGGAAGGGUCCUCUGAGGAAGGAAAUAGUAAACGCCUGGUCACUCCAGGCCAGUGCUGACAAGGAGCUGUGCUAUGCCGGAUCCUGGCCCGGGGACCAGUACAGGAACCAGGAAACCCAGACCAGCUCCCCCGUGGCGGUGAAGGGUCCUGAGGGUACGGGGGGGACAUGUCAGCCUCAGAUCUCCCCUGGAGGACAGGGGGGGCAGGGGGGGCAGGAGCCAGGCCACCUGGCCUCAGACACAACCACAGAGAGCGGCGUGAGUACCGACUGCAGCUCCGUGUCUGCCUCCUACGGCGUGGGCUACCCCAUGAAAGGCCAGAAGAACCUCCACCCCUCCAGCAACAGCGCCUUCUCCCGCCUCAGUAUCAGCCCAGCCCAGCCCCUGUCACUUCCAUCACUCCCACCCCAGCCUCCACCCUCUGGAUCUGUGGAGGAGAGAGACCAACAGACCUCCACAUCCAGGAAGACUGGUGCUACUAACACCACCUCCAACACCACUACCAAACCCCCAGAUGAUAUCAACGCUAACAGCCAGGGCCAGGUGGCGUUUGGUCAGUUCCUGCUGAAACCAGUGAGCCGGCGGCCGUGGGACGCCAUUGAGGAGCUGGAAUGUUUCAACAAGGCUGCAGGCGUAGAACUAGACCAGGUCCAGAAGAAACAGAAGGUUCAGCCCAGGAGACCCAGUGUGGACCAGUGUAUAGACGACCUGGACGAGGUGUACAGGAACAUCAUGGAGCUGAGCGGAGAAGACACACAACAUCAACAACAACAUCAGCACAUAGUCCCUCCCCCUCUUGACUCUGAGAGGGAGACAGUUAGCCUUCCAGACCAGCGCCUGAAUAACAAACCCAACAACAACAUCCAUAGCAUCAGGCCCAGACUAGACAGCUGGGGCCCUGGUUCCUCUAUAGACCCAGAAUAUAGGGAGGUGAGGAGUGCCUUCUCCAGGCCCCAGCCCCAGAACAGGACUAGCAUCCCCAGACCGCUGAGAGAGGACCUGGUGCCCACUGCCACCCUAGCAGAGCCCACUGGCUUCAGAGACUACAAAACCCACAAUGAACAAGGUGACCCCAGGGAAACGUAUGACCCCAGGCUGACCUACAGGCAGGAGCAGGAUGUCGCCAAGGACUCUCUACUGAGGGACGUGGGGCUCACCGUCUACACUGAGGCCCCUGGGGGCCCUGGAGUGCAGGACCAACACUGUGGCCCCCCAUUCACACCGCUCACAUCGUUAGACCACGAGGAACUAUGUCAGAACAUACAGCUAUCAUGGGAGAGCAGAGAGAAACCAUCUCUAGCCAAGAACAGCCAGGUUGAGGUUGCGCACAUCCGUGAGGGCAGUAAUAAGGAAGAACUGGGCCCCACUAAAGUAGUGGAGGAGGAGAGGAAGGUAAAGACGGAUAACGUGCCCAUCGUGCCACCCAGAUUUAGAGGCCAUGAGCCCAAUCUGAACAUCCGCAGGGCCCUGAGUGAGAAUAGCAGGUCGCCCAGAUGUGAAGGGUCACGGGGGUCGCCACGACCCGGCAGGCUGACCUGGGAGGCAGCGCUCGCCUUCAAGGAUGGCGACUACAGAUACAGCGUCAGCUCCGAUUAUCUGAGUUGGCGUAACGAGGCUACGUUGGCAGAUAGACACCUGGAGACCCUGCUGAUCAAGGAGAAGGCGAACACAAUGCCCACAGAGGACCUGAGUAAUCUAUAUGAGGUGAAGUGUGCCAAGGAGAUCCCUGAGAACGAGACGAUGGAGCAGAGAGCAGCCAGGAUACUGGGGAUAGACGUAGCCCCGGAUUCACUGCAGGGCCGGGGCCAGGAGAGAGAGGAGGAGGAGAGAGAGGAGGAGUCACUGCAGGGGGUGGUGGAGAAGAGAGAGGAGGAGGAGGACAGGCAGGAGCACAGAGAGGAGGAGGGAGAAACUGGCAUAGGUGAAACACAGGAGCACAGGCCUUACAGAGAGCAACAGAACAAACACGACACAAAGACUGGGGGAGAGACCCCGGAACCCCGUCCAGAAGGAGCACAGGCUGUGGAAUCACUGGGCCUGGUCGAACACAAAGACAGAGACAGGGAGACACAGCAUGUGAGAAGACAGUACGAGCAAGUGAUGGAGGUAGAGGUAUCCAUUGUUACCUUGGGAGAGGAGACUGGAGGAGGACCCAGUAAGGAUGACAGCCUAUCAGUAUAUGAAGAAAGACAUGCUGGAGGAGGUGGAGAGAGCCAGAGCCACCCCUCCAUGGUGCUGGAGCUACCUGAGUUCCCUCCCAGUAGCCUGCCCCUGUCUCUGCCCAUGACCCGAGACAAGGAGCUGGCCCUUAGCGUGCUGAGUUUGGGAGGUGGUGGGGAGAGGAAGGGACACAGUAGUGAUGGUGCCUCCCCCAGGCUCUCCUCGUCCCCCUCCUCCAUAUCACCUGGCUGCACAGAGAGCAUGACCCACAUGGAUGAGGUGUUCUCAGUCUCCUGCAUAUGUGUCAGGAGUUUAGGAGAGGCAGAACCAGAACAAGAGACAGAGGUAGUGGUAGAGGCAGAACCAGAACAAGAGACAGAGGUAGUGGUAGAGGCAGAACCAGAACAAGAGACAGAGGUAGUGGUAGAGGCAGAACCAGAACAAGAGACAGAGGUAGUGGUAGAGGCAGAACCAGAGAAUGAUGUAAACCCAGAGGAAGGGAUGAGGCAGGCAGAGGAGAAGAGAGAGAGGGCAGAAAUGGAGGAGUUGAGGAUAGAGAUGGAGAAGAAAGAGCAAGAGAUGAUAAGAGAGGUUGAGACAAGAGAGGGGGAGGAGGAGGUGAUAGAGCCAGAUGAGAAAAGAGAGGAGCAGGAGGAGGAGAGUAAAAAGCCAGAUGUCCAACAGGCGGUUAGGCCAGAGCCGGUCUCCAGACCUAUGAAACCUCCUCUCCUCCCCAAGCCCAUCCCUAAAGCUCGUAGCGGCACGGUGGCCAAGAGAGAGAUCACCCUCCCCCAGAGCUUCAGUGUAUCUUCCUGUGGCUCCUCUACCACCCUAGAGGACGACGAGCUGCUCUCAGACUCCUAUGAUCCUAGUCGAGUGGAGAGAGUGUAACCUCUGACCUCUAUCAAUACCUUCGACAUCUGGGAAUUGGCUUUGGUCACCGCUCCAUCCGCCCAUCCAUCCGUCAACUUUUCAGUCAAUGCCUUUGUGUGUGUCCCAAAUAGCAACCUAUUCCCUAUAUAGUGUACUUCUUUUGACCAGAGAUCUAUGGGCCCUGGCCAAAAGUAGUGCACUAUAUAGGGAAUAAGGACGCAAACGUCAUCUCACCCCAUGACCCCCCCAAGCACUGUGCCCCCUUUUCACCAAUAGAAGCAUUGUUUACGCAACAGCAACAGUCUAUAAUAUGGCUGUCUGACUCUGUCCUGGUGCUCCAAUGGCCUCUCGACUGCCAAACAAGAGAACUACCUGGACCCAUCAGCCCUCUGGCCUUCAGAUUUGUUGUUGUUGUUGUACUUUUAACCCCUUUUUCGUGAUAUCCAAUUGGUAGCUACAGUCUUGUCCCAUCGC